AUGUCGAACUUGAUAAAGCUGGAAUUCGUGGCUCUGGACAUUUCAGGCAAAAAUUAUUUAUCUUGGAUUAUGGAUGCUCAGAUCCAUCUAGAUGUCAUAGGUCUUGAAAUCACAAUUCAAGAAAAAAAUGAUGCAUCGUUACAAGAUAAGGCAAAGGCCAUGAUUUUUCUUCGUCACCAUAUUAGUGAGGAACUAAAAACUGAAUAUCUCACUGAAAGAGAUCCACUGAAUUUGCAGAAAAAUUUAAAAGAAAGAUACGAUCAUCAGAAAACUGUUAUCCUCUCAAAAGCUCGAGCCGAUUGGCAAGAGCUGGGGUUGCAGGAUUUCAAAACUGUGGUUGAAUACAAUUCUGCUCUAUUUAAAAUCAGCUCUACGUUACAAUUAUGUGGUGAUACUGUCAUUGAUGAGCUCCUAUUGGAAAAAACAUACACCGCAUUUCACACCUCGAAUGUGUUUUUACAGUAA